AUGCAAAACGCGAAAACGCCCGCGCGUCGACGCGGGGGGGCGUGCGCGACGCGCGCGCGCCUGGACGCGGGCGUGGGGGCGUUCGGGAGCAAGGCUGGGAUGACGCAGGUGUUCACCGACGACGGGCUGUGCGUGCCGGUGACCGUGAUCGCGGUGCGCGACGGGAACGUCGUGACGCAGGUGAAGACUGAGGCGACGGAUGGGUACAACGCGGUGCAAGUCGGCUACGACGCCGUGCGCGACGACAAGCUCACGAAGCCCGAACUCGGGCACUGCAAGAAGGCGGGCGCGCCGGCGCUUCGACACCUCGAAGAGUUCCGUUUGCGCGACGCUCCGACGUACGAAGUCGGGGCGCAAAUCAAGCCGACGGAGUUGUUCAAGGAGGGUGAUAAGGUUGACGUGCGAGGCCGCACGAUCGGUAAGGGGUUCCAAGGCGCCGUGAAGCGUUACGGUUUCUCGCGCGGUUUGAUGACGCACGGUUCUAAAUCGCACCGUCAACACGGUUCCAUCGGCAGCGGUACCAACCCGGGUCGCAUUUACCCGGGUAAGCGCAUGCACGGUCACAUGGGCAACGAGAUGGUGACGACGAAGGGCUUAACCGUCGUCUCCGUCGAGGACGACUGCAUCAUCGUCAAGGGCAACGUGCCGGGCAAGAAGGGCGCUCUGUGCAAGGUGACGCCCAACAAGAAGGUCGGGGACGCGCGCUGGAGUCCCACGUCCGCGUGA